AUGCGUCUGCAGUCCACCCUAUUAGCGGCAGCAGCCGUCGCGAUAGCCUCAACCUCGGCAGCAGCAGCAGUCGUCGCUGCCUCGCCAACACCAGCAUCACCAUGGCUACCUCUCGACCCAUACUCACCCACCACAGGCCCGAUACAACCCACGCGCGAAACCCUCGGUCUCAACGACCCGGCCAUCGGCGUGUCGGACUACCUCACCUACAACGCCUCCUUCUCUGAGCAAGCGGUCUACGACGCGCUCGACCUCGACAAUGGCGACGGCGCGGGCGACCCGGACUUGCCUGGGUGGGUCGACCCGCGCACGUACGGAGGCUCAAUGCUCGAUCUCGUCGGCAACGGCCUGCGCGAGCCCAUCAACGUCAUCAUCUCUGGCAAGUCCGACAAGCACGUUCUUUCGGACCUAGGGCUGAAGGACUACAUCCGCACCAUCGGCUUUUCGUUCGAGUGUCUGAAUCUGCAUAUGGGCAACCUGCAGCGUGCGGAUCUGGGAGAUGGCAAAGGAUGGACCCCCGAGAUGUUCGAGUAUAGAGAGACCGGCUUUCCCGGUGCUCCGGGCAGAUGGGUGGGAGCUUGUUGGGAAAGCCUGUACGGGGGGAAUCAUUUCAGGGUGUGGAAGCAGAACGGCACCCUGGCGAACACGGGCGCCUGGUUCCUCGCUGUGAGCAAGGAGAAGAAUCUCAAGUAUCACCAUACCAUCGAACGAGACGGAUACAAUAUCGGGCGAGACCUGCUCGUCGCGGCUGCAGAGCGCGGUGGCAAGUGGAACAAUGUCUACUACAAGGCGGAUGUCGAAUGGGUCGAUGGGCUGCUCGAGGCGGGCAGGCAUGGGAUCAACCACAACAUUGGACAGGAUGGGAGAACGGCCGUACUGACCGUGAAGAAGGUCGAUGCGCUCUCGCAGGGUUUCUUCUUCUGGGGGUUGGAGGCGAUUACCAAUUGGAUCGCUGAGCGCAUUGCUGCCCGUCUUGGCAGGCUGUUGCGCACGAUUGGCAUGAUUUAA